GUUUUGCGACUGAAAUACCACCUUGUAAAUUCCUUGGAGAUGUUUCGCUUUAUUCGUUUGUUGACAGGACCAACACGCAUUAGCUAUUCAACGUUAACUACAGACAACUUUGAGAAGACCUGGGUGAAGCCUGUCUCUAGCAGUGAUAUCAAACGUGUUUCGAAGAAUAAUGACUUCCCAGGAGUCGGAGUGAAGAAAAUAGCCGUGAUUGGAGCGGGUGUGUCCGGGCUUUGUGCCCUCAAACAUCUCUCUCAGAAGCCGCAAACCUUCCAACCAACAGCUUUUGAAAAACAUCAUGAGGUCGGCGGAAUCUGGUCCUACACCGAGAGAACUACUGAUGAGUAUGGAAAUCAAACCCACUCCGGAAUCUACAAUAACUUGAUGACAAAUGGCCCCAAACAGUUAAUGACAAUUCCUGGAUAUCCGCACGACCAGAGUGGUAAUUCGUACCUACAUCAUACACAAAUACUAAAGUACGUCCAGGCAUUCUCCAACCACUAUCACCUGGAUCAAUACGUAAAGUUAAAUACUAUCAUUAAUAGUAUUCGUCCAGUUCCGACUGAGGACAACCAGGUCACGUGGGAUGUGACGUACUGUAACAGGUACAAUGUCGACGAAACCGACACCCAACGGUUUGAUGGCGUCAUUGUUAGUACGGGUCACUACUCAAAGUGCCACAUUCCACACGUGGAAGGGAGAGACAAGUUCAAGGGGAGUGUCAUCCACAGCCGAGAUUACAGGAGACCAGAGGUUUACAAGGGUCAGAGAGUCUUGAUACUUGGCGCCUCCUUCUCCGGUCUGGACAUAGCCUUUGAUCUGUCAACAAUGGCCAAACAGAUUUAUAUAGGACACAGGGACUCGGAGCUAUCGACUAAGAUUCCAGCCAAUGUCUUAGAGCGUCCGGAUGUCAAUCACUUAGCGGAGGGCAACCGAGUCGUGUUUAAAGACGGGUCUGAAGCGGAAAUUGACAGCAUAAUUCUCUGUACCGGAUACAGUUAUCAUUUCCCGUUUCUGGCUGACGACAUCAUACAGUUGAAGGAUGAAAGGAUAACGCCAUUGUAUAAACAUCUGGUACACAUCAAAUACCCGAAUCUUCUUUUUGUUGGACUUGCGAGGUGUGUGUCGUAUUUCGCACAGUCAUAUGAACAGGCCAGGGCGGCUUCCAUUAUCCUAGAGGGCGGUGUUAGAUUCCCGUCAGAACAAGAGAUGAUGGAAGAUGCCGAGAAGGACUUUCAGCAAAAGAGAAAAGAAUUCGACAUGACCCACCUACAUGCACAUUAUAUGGGAAAAGGUGAUUUGCAAUGGAGGAUGAAUAAAGAUCACGCCGAGCUGUGUGGUUUCGAGGUAGUCCCACAGGUUGUCAAGGACAUGUUGGAACACGUACAGAUGACCAGAAGCGGGGACUUUGGCAAUUUCCGCAAGAAAAACUAUUUCUACAAAGAUUCCAAAUCAUUUGGCGUAAGCAACUAAAAUAUUUAUCAUCAGUGCCGAGAGCUAUCCAUAGUUGACAAUUUUACAGAACAUCAAUGGAAUAUCUAGUACAUUUCGCAGGGCGAUCGGCAAUGCGUACCACGUUUCAUGUAUAUUUGAAGUAUGUUUACAGACAUUGUUUACCGUUUUGUCUGUGAAACAGGAAGACUUACACAAGCAUGUUUAAUAUAUAACGAGUAACAGAAUACAGUUGACUGGGUGUUUCUGAACAUGUACAUUCUGAAAUUCUUCCUCCCCAAUACACGUAUCUUCCAACUGAACCUAAAGCAAUUACUACCUAGACAAGUAACUAUUCUAACUGAAAAUUAAAGUAUGGAUGCCAAUUUGAUGUUUAACUGAACUGUUUUGAUUUGUCAGAAAGAUUUAAUUGAUAAAAAGGCUAUACAUGUACCUGUACUUAGUAUUGUAGUCUCUUAAAUAUAACAAUGUUUUCAAUGUUUUAAUUUAAUUGGAAUUAAAUAAUAUCA